AUGGGUCCUGAGCUGCCGGCACCGUGGCUGCUGCUUGUCACCUGGCUCCCAGCAGAAGUAGGCCACUCCUCAGAGGUGUGUUCUGACUUCAGCAUUGUCUCCUGGUUCUUGGUUUCAGGGUGCCUGUCCUUGCUGGUCACAGUCCAACACACAGAGCGCUAUGUCACACUGUUUGCCUCGGUCAUCCUCAAAUGUGACUACACUACUUCUGCCCAGCUCCAGGAUGUGGUGGUGACAUGGCGCUUUAAGUCCUUUUGCAAGGAUCCUAUCUUUGACUACUACUCAGCAUCAUACCAGGCAGCUUUAUCCCUGGGCCAAGAUCCAUCCAAUGAUUGUAACGACAAUCAGCGAGAGGUCCGCAUUGUGGCACAGCGGCGGGGACAGAAUGAGCCUGUAUUAGGAGUGGAUUACAGGCAGCGCAAGAUUACCAUCCAGAACCGAGCAGAUCUUGUGAUUAAUGAAGUAAUGUGGUGGGAUCAUGGAGUGUAUUACUGCACCAUUGAGGCACCAGGGGAUACGUCAGGUGACCCAGAUAAAGAGGUGAAGCUCAUCGUCCUGCAUUGGCUGACAGUGAUCUUCAUCAUUCUGGGAGCCCUCCUCCUGCUGCUGCUGAUUGGAGUGUGCUGGUGCCAGUGCUGUCCACAGUUUUGCUGCUGCCACAUCCGCUGCCCCUGCUGUCCUGCCCGCUGCUGCUGCCCUGAGGAAGCCCUGGCCCGCCACCGCUACAUGAAGCAGGCUCAGGCCCUAGUCCCUCAGAUGAUGGAAAAACCCCUGUACUGGGGGGCGGACAGGAGCUCCCAGGUUUCAUCUUACCCAAUGAACCCGCUGCUGCAGCGAGAUUUGUCCCUGAGGUCCAGCCUUCCACAGAUGCCAAUGACCCAGACUGCUGUUUACCCUCCCAUUGCCAGUGGCGUCCUAGAGUAUUUGGAGAAGGAGUUGCGGAACCUCAACCCAGCUCAGCCUCUGCCCCCCGAGCUCAAAGCCAGACCUGGCCAUCCCUGCAGCAUGCUGUCCUCCCUAGGCUCUGAGGUCAUGGAACGCAGAAUCAUCCACCUACCCCCGCUGAUCCGGAACCUUCCGUCCUCUCAGAGGACCAGCCACUCCUCAUGCCAGCAACGCUGCACCGACGGUCUCUCUGGACUCUGGGAUCUAAGGGAGGGGAGAAGGCAGCAUCACUACUAUGAUUUCCACCAGGAGCCUCAAGACCAUUGGCCAGAGCCCUGGGCGCUUGGGGGAAGGGAACGGGACCACUGGAGGCAUGGGAGGCACCAUCGCUCCAGGUUGAAUGGUUCACCCACACCCUGGUCAGACAGAAACAGCCUCAGUGAAGGCCCUUCGUCCAGUGAAGCACGAUGGCGGUCCAGCCGCCCCCUUUCUAGGAGCCAUGGUCCCGAGAGACCCCGUAGGCCCAGCCCUCGGGAGAGUGCCCAGAAGUACAGGAGACGCAGGCACAGAAGCUACUCCCCUCCUCUGCGCUCUAGCCUCAGUUCUUGGAGUUCUGAGGAAGAGAAGGAGAGGCAGCCCCGGGAUUGGGGAGUCCACCGCCCCCACCGACGGUGCUCACACUCCCAAAACUGGCCAGAAGAGAAGCCUCCUAGCUACCGCUCUCUGGAUGUCAUUCCAGGCAAGAAUGGCAGGAAAAAAGGGAGAAUGGAGAGGUGCUCGGAGAGAGACAGUUCCCAUAGUGGAAGGAGUAUGGUCAUUUAG